UGCGUAGUGAGGUCGGAGGGCCGAGGUCGCGCGGCGAACCCCUCGCAAGCUCUGCAAACCGCGCGAGAUUUCCUCCGAGCUCCUUGGCGGAGUUAUUUUAUACAGAAGUCUUGUGAAACCACUGUGCAAACAAGGUGAUGAUUGUACAAAGAGUGGUAUUGAAUUCCCGACCUGGAAAAAAUGGUAAUCCAGUGGUGGAAAAUUUCCGAGUAGAAGAAGUAAACUUACCAAAUAAUAUCAAUGAAGGACAAGUACAAGUCAGAACUCUUUACCUUUCUGUGGAUCCUUACAUGCGUUGUAGAAUGAAUGAAGACACUGGCAGUGACUAUAUAUCACCUUGGCAGCUGUCUCAGGUGGUUGAUGGUGGAGGUGUUGGGAUUGUAGAAGAAAGCAAACACACAAAUUUUACUGAAGGCGAUUUUGUGACUUCUUUCUAUUGGCCCUGGCAAACCAAGGUUAUUCUAGAUGGAAAUAUCUUUGAAAAGGUAGACCCACAGCUUGUGGAUGGACACCUUUCAUACUUUCUUGGAGCUAUAGGGAUGCCUGGUUUGACUUCCUUGAUUGGGAUACAGGAAAAAGGUCAUAUAACUGCUGGAUCUCAUCAGACAAUGGUUGUUAGUGGAGCUGCUGGUGCUUGUGGAUCCUUAGCUGGGCAGAUUGGCCAUUUGAUGGGCUGUUCCAGAGUUGUGGGAAUUUGUGGAACACCUGAGAAGUGCCUCCUUUUGACCUCAGAACUGGGCUUUGAUGCUGCAAUUAAUUAUAAAGAGGGGAGCGUGGCAGAACAACUCCGUGAGUUAUGCCCCUCUGGAGUGGAUGUUUACUUUGACAAUGUUGGCGGUGACAUCAGUGAUACAGUGAUAAGUCAGAUGAAUCAGAACAGCCACAUCAUCCUAUGUGGUCAAAUUUCUCAGUACAACAAAGAUGUGCCUUAUCCUCCUCCACUACCCUCUGCUGUAGAAGCAAUCCGGAAAGAAAGAAACAUCACAAGAGAAAGAUUUCUGGUGUUAAAUUUUAAGGACAAAUUUGAGUCUGGUAUUCUCCAGCUGAGUCAGUGGUUUAAAGAAGGAAAGCUAAAGAUCAAAGAGACUAUGAUAAAUGGAUUGGAAAACAUGGGAGCUGCAUUCCAGUCCAUGAUGACAGGAGGUAACAUCGGAAAGCAGAUAGUUUGCAUUUCAGAAGAAACCUCUUUGCUAUCUCUGUAAACGUCUUCAUUAAGGAAGUACACGGAUUGCUUUCCGUUUUGCACAAAGAUUUCAAGAUACAUUAAAAAAAAACCCUUCAGAGUACAGAUAGCUUUUGAUUUAAAUGUGAUCAUAGGUGAUAUUUUCUUAGCUGCAUAACAUAAUUCUUUCAUAUGUCUUCAAUAUCAUAUAUGUAUUCUUCAUCCAAUAUGAUUAUUUACAAUAAUAGAUUGAAGUCAACAUGACCUAUUUUUCCUUCUUUUGCUAAAACUAAUAUUACAUGAAAUUUAUAUCAGAUAUUCUGAAACCACUGGAGAUUUGAUGUAACUGUUUAAUAGAUCAUACAAAAUAUUUUUUAAAUUAAUAACUUUUAUUAACUUCAUGAGUUGUAUUUAAAAUAGAAUACUUGAGAAGGCACUUAGU